UGUAUAUCCUGGCCGUGACACCCGAGCGGGCUAAAAAUUGUCAUGAACUUGUUGUUGCGCUUACCAGCCUUGACUCCGUUAGUUCCUUUGUCUCGUACAUCUCGAAACAUCAUGACGCUCGCAUCACCCAUUGACGGGAAAGCUUUAGCUAAAUCGGUUCGCACCCGUGUGAAGAUUACUCUAGCUGAAACUAGAGAAAAGUACCCUCACUUCAACCCUCAUCUCGCCAUCGUUCAAGUCGGUGGCCGAGAAGACUCUUCUCUCUAUGUUAAAAUGAAAGAAAAGGCUGCCAACGAAACCGGUAUCCUCUUCACCCAUGAAAAACUUGCUGAAUCCGUUAGCCAAUCUGAUCUUCUUCGCAAAGUCAAAGAACUCAACAAUAGACAUGAUGUUCAUGGUAUUCUCAUCCAGAUGCCUUUACCAAAGCAUAUUGAUGAAGCUGCUGUUGUGGAGGCUAUUGAUUACCAAAAGGAUGUUGAUGGCUUCCAUGCCAUGAACAUUGGCAAUAUGGCCAAGAGAUCCGGUCAGCCUUUGUUCUUGCCUUGCACACCAAGAGGCAUCAUUGAACUCUUGAAGCAUAGCAUCAAGGACAUUCGUGGUAAACGUGCUGUUGUCUUGGGUAGAAGUGAUAUUGUCGGAACCCCUGUUGCUAGCCUGCUUGCUGCUGAAGACGCUACUGUGACACUGUGCCAUUCAAAGACUGAGAAUGUCCAAGAUAUCAUCCGGGAAGCCGAUAUUGUUGUUGUUGCCAUUGGAAAGCCUGAAUAUGUUCAGAAGGACUGGGUCAAGCCAGGAGCUGUUGUCAUUGACGUUGGUAUGAACGCUAUUGAAGAUGCUACCAAGAAGGCAGGUCAGCGUUGGGUAGGAGAUGUUGAUUUCAAUGGUGUAUCUCAGGUCGCCUCUGCCAUCACUCCUGUUCCCGGAGGUGUCGGCCCAAUGACCGUUGCCAUGCUCUUAGAGAAUACAUUGAUCAGUGCCAAAAGAUUCUUUGACCGAAGCCGCAACAGAUCUAUUCAGCCUCUCCCUCUCCAGCUUGUUGAGCCUGUUCCUUCCGAUAUUGACAUCGCCGUUUCUCAGGAACCACGUAAUGUGCAGGAAAUUUGCCAGGAACUCGGUCUCUCCGGCAACGAGUACGAACUAUAUGGUCAGACCAAGGCCAAGAUCAGUUUAGAUGUUCUCAAGCGCCUUGAUUACCGUCAAGAUGGUAAAUACAUUGUUGUUGCAGGUAUCACACCUACUCCCCUCGGCGAAGGAAAAUCCACUACUACCAUUGGUCUCGUUCAAGCAUUAGGUGCUCACCUUGAUAAGGUAGCAUUCGCGUGCGUAAGACAACCUUCUCAGGGCCCUACUUUUGGUAUUAAGGGAGGCGCAGCAGGUGGUGGUUAUUCCCAGGUUAUCCCUAUGGACGAAUUCAACUUGCACUUGACUGGUGAUAUUCAUGCUGUCACUGCUGCAAACAACUUGCUUGCCGCUGCUAUUGAUGCUCGUAUGUUCCAUGAAGCCACUCAAAAGGACAAGGCUCUGUUCAACCGAUUGUGUCCCGCCAAAAAGGGUGUCCGCACGUUCGCUCCUGUCAUGCUCAAGCGUCUCCAAAAGCUUGGCAUUAACAAGGAUAAGCCUGAAGAUCUCGACGCUGAUGAAAUCCGUCGUUUCGCACGUCUCGAUAUCGACCCUGAAACCAUCACCUGGCAACGCGUUGUCGAUGUCAAUGACCGCUUCUUGAGAAAAAUCUCCAUCGGUCAAGCUGCUACUGAAAAGGGACAUGAGCGUUCCACUGGUUACGAUAUUUCCGUCGCAAGUGAGGUCAUGGCCAUUCUUGCCCUUGCCACAGACCUUAAGGACAUGCGUGACCGUUUGGGUCGUAUGGUUGUUGCUAGCUCCAAGGCCGGUGACCCCGUUACUGCUGAUGAUAUUGGUAUCGGUGGUGCUUUGACUGUUUUGAUGAAGGAUGCCAUCAAGCCAAAUCUCAUGCAAACCCUUGAAGGAACCCCAGUCCUUGUUCAUGCUGGUCCUUUCGCCAACAUUGCCCACGGUAACUCUUCGGUCAUCGCUGAUAGAAUCGCUCUCAAACUCGCAGGUACCGACGGUGGAGAUAUGGAACCUGGCUACGUUGUAACAGAAGCUGGCUUCGGUGCUGAUAUGGGUAUGGAAAAGUUCUUUGAUAUCAAGUGCAGAGUCUCUGGUUUGGUCCCAGAUGCUGUCGUUCUUGUUGCUACCGUGCGUGCCCUCAAGAUGCAUGGAGGCGCUCCUGAAGUCGUCGCUGGAAAGCCUUUGCCAGAUGCUUACACUGAAGAAAACCUCGAAUUCUUGGAGAAGGGUUGCGCAAACUUGAUGAAGCAUGUGGAAAAUGCAAAGAAGUUUGGUGUUUCCGUUGUUGUUGCCAUCAAUCGAUUCACCUCUGACACACAAGCUGAAUUGGACUUGAUCCGUGCCAAGGCUCUUGAAGCUGGUGCUAACGAUGCUAUCGCUUGUAACCAUUGGGCAAAGGGUGGUGCUGGUGCUAUCGAUCUUGGUGAGGCUGUUAUCAAGGCUUGUGAUCGUGAAAAGCAAUUCAACUUCUUGUACGAUCUUGAACAACCCAUUGAAGCCAAGAUUGAGCAAAUCUGUAAAAAGAUCUACGGUGCUGACGGAAUUGAACUCAGUGAUCUUGCCAAGAAGAAGAUUGAAACAUACACCGCACAAGGCUUUGGGGACUUGCCAAUCUGUAUGGCCAAGACCCAGUACUCUUUCUCUCAUGAUGCUAACCUCAAGGGUGUCCCAACUGGUUUCACCGUACCCAUUCGCGAUAUCAGAGCCUCCGUUGGCGCAGGGUUCCUGUACCCACUCUUGGGCGCUAUGCAGACUAUGCCAGGGUUGCCCACUAGACCAUGUUUCUUUGAUGUAGAUCUUGAUGAGGAUGGCCAGGUUGUUGGCUUGUUUUAAAUCGAAACUGUAGAUUACCAUUCCCUUAUGUUAUUUUCAGUGCCACUAAACUACAGGAUCGACUAGAUAAUGGUCGUGCCUGAAUAAUGUAUUCUUUUUGGUUGUUUGUGAGUGUGUAUGGAUUUUAGUAUGAGAGGAUGUGAGUCAUUACGAGUGUUGUUUACUCUUUUAAAGCAAAAAAGAUGUAAUUAGAGAGCGCC